AUGCUGGAAGAGGCUCAUUGUGUCAACUAUCCGACCGGUUCGUUUCAUCUUACCGGAAUGUUACUAGUUAAUUACUAUCAAAAAUAUAUUUCGUAUUGGGUAUGGCUGCAUGAGCUAAUAACAGUGCUCUCUGCAUUGGUAUGGAUUGCAUGGCUCUCAUACUCAGCGCUAACAUCUCAAAACGUUUUUGUUUAUUCCUCAUGGUGUGAUGAGUCAAUGCUCACAUCAAAAAAGUGCGGCCAAAGCCUGACUCGUAGACUUGGUCCACCAGAGAAAUUUCGCAAAGUGAAAUAA